GUUUUAAGUCGAAAAAUAAUUCAUUUCCCGCCAAAUUUGAAAUGCGUAUUUUAAUGCUGUUGAGCGCUGUCCUUGCAACUUUUUGCAACGCCAGCUACGAUUAUUAUCGCCUACCACGCUCCAUCAAACCACAACACUACAACCUGCGUAUCAUGACACACCUGGAGAAUCCCAAACGCCUCAUCUUCACGGGCGAUGUUGAAAUACUGCUCCGAAUUAUCCAAUCCACCAACAAUAUCACGCUGCACGCCGGAGCCGGCUUAAAUAUUGCUGAAUGCAACACAGGCGUACAACUUUUCAAAUACCAUUGCAACGAGCUGAUUGAGAUCAAAAGUAUGCAACGUCAGCCGAUAUAUAAUUUCAUAAUAUUGCAUUUCGGGCAAUAUUUACAGCGUGGCCAACGCUAUACACUGCGGCUGCGCUUCUGGUCAAGAUUAGGACAGAGCAUGGCUGGCUACUACGUUAGCUCGUAUCAGGACAAUGCAGACAGCUGCUGCAAACAGUACAUGUCUGUGACGCAGUUUGAGCCGGCGGAUGCACGAAAUGCCUUUCCCUGCUUCGAUGAGCCCAACUUCAAGGCCACCUUCAACAUAACCCUGGGCCACCAUGCCAAAUACAAUGCGCUCAGCAAUAUGCCUCUAUUGGAGCGAAUACCCAUAUGCGAACGCCAGAAUUGGCUGUGGAGCACAUUCAGGCAAACGGAGGUCAUGUCCACGUACCUGGUGGCCUACAGCGUCAACAACUUCGAGAGUUACGUCUCCAAGAAUCACAAGAGUCGCGUUCACUUCACAACGUGGGCGCGUGCCACGACCAUUGAACAAUGCCACUAUGCAUCAGAGGUGGGGCCGAGGAUUCUGUGCAAAUUUGAGGAGAUGUUUGGCAUCGACUAUCCGCUGCCCAAAAUGGAUCAGCUGGCUGUGCCGGACUUCAGUGCUGGCGCCAUGGAAAACUGGGGUCUAAUCACGUACCGAGAGGCGGCACUGUUCUACGCCGAGGACGCCACCUCACAGAUGGACAAGCAGCAUAUAGCCAAUAUCAUUGCCCAUGAGGUGGCCCAUCAGUGGUUUGGCAAUCUGGUCACCAUGGAAUGGUGGAAUGAUCUUUGGCUUAACGAGGGAUUCGCCACGUACAUGGCCACGCUGGGAAUAGACAAACUGUGCUGCCAGUGGCACGCUUACGAUGAGGACAUGCUGGACAAUGUGCUGGCCGUACUCAAUACGGACGCAUACUGCAACACCCGGCCCAUCCAUCAAGAAGUCAGUCGGGCCAGCCAGAUAUCGGAGCUCUUCGAUGCGAUUACCUAUCGCAAGGGUGCAGUCGUCAUACGAAUGAUGCACAUGUUCAUUGGGGAUGUGGCCUUUCGCAAGGGUCUCCACUGCUAUUUACAGAAGCACGCCUAUGCCAAUGCCAGGCAGGAGGACUUGUGGCUGGCGCUGACUGAGGCGGCCCAUGAAUGUGGCAGCAUACCGCUUGAUCUGCAGGUGCAGACUGUGAUGAAUACGUGGACUUUGCAAAAAGGCAUACCCUUGAUCCAGGUGAAGCGACAGUAUCUCAAGAACACGGCUAUAGUUACGCAGCAACGAUUUCUGCUCCUUCACGAGGAUCACGCGUAUAUACGACCGGAGCAGUCUGUGGCUGAGAAUGCGUGCUGGUUUGUGCCAAUUAGCUAUGCCACCCAGUGCUCCUCCAAUUUCAUGGCCACCGAGCCGCAGACCUGGCUGCGCUGCUCAGCACAAAACGAACCCGUGCCGGUUCAACUGCGACAUCUGCCUGGCGACGAUGAAUGGCUGAUUCUCAAUGUCCAGGUGUCGACGCCCUAUCGCAUCAACUACGACAGCGACAACUGGGAACUGAUCAGCAAGGCGCUGCACAGCAGCGAAUACCAUCGCAUCCACGUGAUGAAUCGGGCCCAGCUAUUGGAUGAUGCACUGGCUCUAGCCUGGAGUGGCCUGAUGUCCUAUGAACUGACCCUGGAGCUGUUGACCUAUGUGAAGCAGGAGCACGAGUUUAUGCCCUGGCGUGCAGCACUUGAUCAAAUCAAUGCGAUCUAUCGCAUCAUUCGUUACACAGAAGUAUUCGAGGAGUUUCAGCACUUUAUGCAUCAUCUGCUGGCGCCCAUUUACUGCCAGCUGAAAGGCAUGCGGAACGAUCGAAAUAAGGACCAUCAUGUGUCCCAUAAGGCUUUGAUUACCAAGUGGGCGUGUCGCCUAUCUCUGAAGGAUUGUGUAGAGCGCGCCCUCAAGUAUUAUAAUCGUUGGCUCAUCUGCAGUGAGCCGGACAGCACUAAUCCCGUGCCCGUCAAUCUGCGCUCCGUGGUCUACUGCACCGCCAUGCGGCAUGGCGAUGGGGAGGACUGGACCUUCCUAUGGCACAGAUAUCGCAACAGUUCGCUGGCCAGCGAGCAGCGUGUGAUUCUGCUAGCCCUGACCUGCUCGCACAAAGAGGGUCUGCUGGAGCGCUAUCUGCGGAUCAUCUACCAUGAGCAGUCCUUCAUACGCAAACAGGAUGCCUCGCUCAUUUUCGGUGCCAUGGUGCACACCGAGGUGGGCUUCGACGUAGCUAGGGAUUUCUAUUUCAAGAAGUUCCAGCUGCUGCGCAAGUACUAUCAUUUGAAUACGCGUGAAUUGGUUGGAUUGCUCAGCCUGAUUGCCCAGCACAGCAGCUCCCAGGAGGACUACCAACUGCUGAGGACGUUCAUCAAUAGCCACCAGGUGGUGCUGCAGCAGAGCUCAUCGCGCAGCCUGCUGCGCGUUUUGGAGCAGGUGAAAGUGAAUAUGCGUUGGCGCCAGCAGAGGCUGCCCGAGUUCGGUCGACAGCUGGCCAUGUUGAAUUGUGAUUGAGCGUGCGUUUGUUGUG